CUGGUGAAUGUGUUGGCUACAUUGUGUUGCACUGAUGCUAUGCGUGCUGUGUGGACCCAGCUAUCUCUUUCGACUUCAGCGGUGGCGUCCCAUCAACAACAGCCUAAAAUCUGCCCAGCGCAUGGACGGCCCAGCACCAUGGCAGAGGAUUUGGGGGUGCCUCUGUAUACCAACAACAGGUCGCGUGGAUGAUCCCUCCCCAACCUUUCCGUACCAUCGCGUGUUUGGGAUGAUCAGAGCGCCGCUGUCGGCUUGAUGUGGCAGGGGAGCCGUGCGGGAGCGGUGCUACUCCUCCUGGCUGUGGACUAUUAGAGGAAAACGGCGUGGAGCAGGUGUGGCUGGGGGGCUGGCAGCAGGAUGGAAAUAGGUGCCUGUUUUCGUUACUAUUUCCAGCACCCAUGGUCCCGUCUCCUCGUGGCCUACCUUGUCACCUUCUUUAACUUCCUCAUCUUCGCCGAGGACCCCAUCUCCCACAGUCAGACAGAGGCCCAUAUGAUUGUGGUGGGCAACUGCUUCUCCUUCAUGUUCAACAAGUACCCAGGCCUCGGAUGGAACAUCCUGAAAGUAAUAUGCUGGAUACUGGCCAUUAUCACCGGCAUGUUAGCCGGGAAGUUUAUAUUCCACCGCCAGCUCUUUGGUCGAUACCUGCGGCUGAAAAUGUUCCGCGAGGAUCAUGGCUCCUGGAUGACCAUGUUCUUCAGCGCCAUCCUCUUCCUCUUCAUCUUCUCACACAUCUACAACCUUUUCCUGCUGAUGGCUGGGAGCAUGGAGCCUCACAUGGUGACGGAGUACAUGGGCAUCAGGAAUGAGAGUUUUAUGAAGAUUGCUGCAGUGGGGACGUGGAUGGGAGACUUUGUCACUGCGUGGAUGGUGACUGAUAUGAUGCUCCAGGAUCAGCACUACCCAGACUGGGGCAAAACAGCCAGAAGGUUUUGGAAACAAGGCAACAACAGGAUUGUUCUAUUCUGGACGGUGCUCAUCUCGCUGACGUCGGUGGUCGUUCUGGUCAUCAGUACCGACUGGAUCAGCUGGGACAACCUGAACCGAGGCUUCCUGCCCAGCGACGAGGUCUCCAGAGCCUUCCUGGCCUCCUUCAUCUUGGUCUUCGACCUUCUCAUUGUCAUGCAGGACUGGGAGUUCCCUCAAUUCAUGGGUGACCUGGAUAUGAAUCUACCAGGAAUGUCAACUACGCAUGUGAAGGUCAAGCUUCCUGUCUGCAAGAGUAUCUUUAAAGAGGAGUACCACAUUCAUAUCACAGGUAAGUGGUUCAACUACGGUAUCAUCUUCCUUGUCCUGAUAUUGGACCUUAACAUGUGGAAGAACCAGAUCUUCUACAAGCCCUACGAGUACGGUCAGUAUGUUGGGCCUGGUGAGAAGAUCUUCACAGUGGAGGAGCCAGAAACACUCAGCUCCUUCAACCACAGCACACUCACCUACAAGUGGCGCUCCACCAACAUCAAUCCUGACAGCAACUUAACCUACGUGGAGCGGGACAUGUUCCUCCAUAGCCGCUACACCGGAGCCAGCCUGGACAUUAAGUGCCUGGCCUUCAUCCCGAGCCUGGCGGCUUUUGUCCUCUUCGGAUUCUUCAUUUGGUUUUUUGGGCGAUUUCAGGAGAGUGAGACCUUCACGGAAAACCAAGACAAGACGUAUGAGAGGAUCAAGAGAAAGUCGCCGUCGGAGUACAGCAAGGAGAUGGGUGUGACGCCAGAGGAGGUGCACAUAACCAUGGGUGACAGUCUGAAACGAACGGGAAUGCCCAUGCUGCUCUCGGUGGACGGGCCACACUUUGGAGCAACGUCCUCUACGAACUCAACGAUUUCCAUGGAUACCCAAGAGACACAUUCAAGCAUUGUGAUUGACAGCGCUGAGGAACCAGCAGUCUCUUUUGAUGUCCACAAGCUCUCUCCAUAAUGUCAGGAGCUCAUGAAACAUUGAACUAUUUAAGUGUGGACUGAUUAAAAAUGAAAGUUCAAAAUGUAGUUCAUCAAGAUCUUAAAUCAAGGUUUUCCUUCGGAUAGCACCAAGCUGCAACAGAAGUUGACCACAACUGUAUAUGAGAGUCGGGAGAAGGACAACGCUAUGCUCCGUAAUCUUGAUGCGGCCUGCAGAUUGCAGUUGCAUUUGUCUGAAUAUAUUUUUGUAAAACUAUCUUUUUAAAAAACAGAAUGCAAACUUUAAAUUCACAUGGUGCUCGCUCGGAUUUUGCAUUUUCAUAUUUCAAUUUUGUCACGGGAAACUAUUUUGGUGCCUGUAUCAGGAGUAUUUCUACAGUUGUGAAACUGCAGUCAGGUGGAUUUUAUUGUAUCACACCAGUGUUACAACUACAAUAGUGCCUUUAUAUUUCAUAUCUUCAGAUACAGACAGAAACAUAUUCAGUCCAUACAGGCAACAAAAUGUAAGACUUAUAUGUGCUUUAAUAUACGGAUAAUUGUUACCUCAUUUGAUCCCAAAACUUUCAUUUUUUUUCAUGUGAGGUCACUCUUACUCUCACUUCUUGUUGAAAUUACAUAAUUGUGAACAUCAAUGUACUUCAAAGACCUAUUCAUAUCCCUUCACUUGAUAUUAGUUUGCAGAGAUAAUAAAUUAAAUCAUUUAAGAUCAAAUAUUCAACCAAGUAGCCUCCUCAUGUUUGCUUAUGUUGCUGCUGCACCUGGACUGAAUACCAAAAGAGUCGGAAAGGUGGUUUUGCCCUUGGCAUAAACAUGUCAUUGAAGUGCAGACGAGGCUUCUGCUCCAAAGCUCAGGGCUUCUUUUUGUCUAGAUAAACCUUAAAAGUUUUAGAAGCAGCCUGGUAAAUGCAUGAAAAUGUAUUUAUUUAUUUGACACAUUAUUCUGGUGUAAAAAAAAGAAUCCCUGGCAUUUGGCUGCAACUGAAACCUGCAGUAUGGAUCUUUACACAGGCUUUGAAAGUGUUCACUGCCUUUUUAAAUAUUUUACUUUGCUACAAAGUCUCUUUAAAAAAAAAAUAUAUAUAUAUAUAUAUCUAUAUUUGGUGUUCGUGGUCCAAAACAUUAUGCACUUCAGUAGUUUUCUGUAAAGUGCAAAUACCUACUCAAUUAUUACAACAUUACUAACCGUACUGCUUUAUAUAAGUUUGGCACAUUUCAGUAAGUACUUUGCAUCUAAAUGUGACCAAAGAUAACAAAUAAUUCACUAUUGAACAGAAAGCGCUGCAUAAGAUGAUAUGCUAAUUCAGAAGAUCUAUUCAUGAUAGACAGAGUGGAAUGAUAUUAUGUGUUAUUGCUCAUCACUCGGCAUUAUAAUGGACUGUAAUGUGCUAUACUGUCCUGGGUAAAUGAUUUUCCAAAAAGAGGGAGGUAUCAAAUCCAGAUCCUUUGCUCCUUAAUAACCCAAUUGUGCAAGAGUUUUGUUAAACAUUAUUAUAAGUAAUAUAGCCCGGGUUUUUUGCGGUAUUAACUUAUAAUCAAUUAAUAAAUUGCUAGCAUUUAUAUAUUUAUAUAGCAACGUACAAAAUAAUGAAUAAAAGAUCAUUACAUUUGCCAGUUAAUGAUUCUGCAUUAUUUUAUUAUUCUAUCUUCAAAUGAUAAAUGAAAAUAUGUAGUCAAAAAAUGUAUUUAUAAAUUUGUUGAAAAAUGACAUUGUAUUUCCUUGUGUGUCUUCCUAUCAUAAUGCAUCUCACAAUUCAUGUGUCUGCUGCUUUACCAUUUACAGUUUUCCUUUCUGAAUGGCUUGAAUUUAAAGACAUCUCUCUAUAUCUACAUCUUGUGGAAUCUAAUCCAGACCGAGCUCGGAUUGGCCAGCUGUUAUAGAAGGUAUUGGCCAGUCAGAGCUUCUGCUGCUGCUCUGAGGGGUUGGAUUUCAUUCUUACAUGUCUUAGUCAAAUAGUUUAUUCAUACACCAAUUAAAGUAACCUCUAAUCAAUUGAUUUAAUAAUCCAUAAUAGUUUUCAUGUAUUAAUUGAUCAUAUAUAACACUGUUAAACUUAUUAAAUAUUCCAGUGGCGCACUCCAGGGUCCUUAAAGGAAUUCCCUCUGUGUGUGUGUGUGUGUGUGUGUGUGUUUGUAGUACAUUGUGGAGUCUGAGGUGUCUAUUCCCGUCAAUAAACUGUGUCAGUUUUAUACCUAAUAGUUCAUGUUGUGUGUGUGUUUUUGUGUGCACUGAAGGCUUGUGAAGUGCGUAAGUGUUUGCUACACUUGUUUUUGACAAAGGCCAUUCUGUGAAGAGGUCAAUUAAUUUAGCAUAAUUAGUUUGCAGCUCCUGGCUUUGUAAUUAUCCUUUUAUACAUUAGAGCUCUAUGAGGACAUUAGAUAUUAGUGUCUCACCAAAGGGCAGAACCUCUCUGGACUUGAAGGGGUCUAAUCUGUUUGUAAUGUAUUGUGUUUAAUGUGAAGUGAAAGUGCAGGUUUCCUCUUUGUUAUCCAAUUUAAUGUUUUCAUUGUAUUGUGUUGCAAAACUGACACUUCCAUCAGUUCCUGUGUGUUUGUGCUUUUUUUACAUGAAGGAGAGGAAAUCUCCUUUCGGUGUUUGCUCAGUGUACUGUACAUCUGUUGAACCUUGUGUUACCAAUAAAUUAAUAGCUUUGUUAUCUA